UGCCGCUAGACAUCGCAUGAUCGCAUACAGUGCUUGAUAGGUCGGAAUAGUACAGUAUCUUACAGUUCAAUGCGCUGUUGCCUUACAUUACUACGCUCAUGCUACCACCUUCAUCAUAGAUAAAUGAAAUUUCAAAACAUUAAUUUAACACUUACUGACAGGGGAUGCCACGUCUUGAUGUUCAUAACUUUCGCCGAAACCGAACUUUAUCGUCUCCGAAACUUCAUGUGAGUCAGCUGAGCGGCAACGCUGAACCAUGGCUUCUGAUUGGACAAUGGAAGCUUUCUCUGUGUGCAUCUUUCAGCUGUCUAGAACAGACGUUCAAAUCAAAGCCGGUUCGAAGCGAAGAAUGUGGACAGAUCGAUCAAGCAGUCUGACAUUGCGAACUUAUCAACUAGUGCUCUCUUGUUCUGGAUAAGGAAUACAUUAAAGCCGAAGUCUUCAAGGGUUUUAUUUAAAAAUAGUUCAAAAUGAAAUCUGCACCAUGUACUGGUACAUUUGUAGCAGCUCUAUAUUUUGCUACUUUGUGGAAUGUUGUUUCUAGCUACAGUAGCGGCAAUGGCAGUUUUCCUUAUAAUUUUUUGUUUGGAGCAGCAACUGCUUCAUACCAAGUGGAGGGUGGUUGGAAUUUAAGUGGUAAGGGAGAAAAUAUUUGGGAUGUAUUUACUCACACUCAUCCAGAAUGGAUAGCUGACCACAGUUCUGGAGAUAUUGCUUGUGAUUCGUAUCAUAAUUACAAGAAAGAUGUAAAAUUACUGAAGAAACUCCAGGUUCAAGUUUAUCGAUUUUCAAUAUCAUGGUCAAGAAUACUUCCAAAAGGAGAUCUAAGUCUUAUAAACCAUUCUGGAAUUACUUACUACAAGAAUCUGAUUGCAGCUUUGCGAGAAGUCCAUAUUGAGCCAAUGGUAACUAUGUAUCAUUGGGACCUACCCCAAGCAUUAGAAGACAAAGGAGGCUGGCUUAAUACUCAGAUGGCUGAUUAUUUUAAAAAUUAUGCAUCUUUACUCUUCACAUUGUUCGGGGAUCAAGUUAAAUGGUGGAUUACAUUUAAUGAACCUACAGAAGUGUGUACUGGGUAUGUUAGCCAUGAUGCCGCUCCUGGUGUAGUUCUUCCUGGUGUAGGCGAUUAUAAGGCUGCUCAUACCAUAUUACAAGCUCAUGCUAAGGCUUACCAUGUAUACGAUCAAAAAUUUCGUUCCAAACAAAAAGGUCGGGUUAGCAUUACAUUGAGUAGUCGUUGGCUUGAGCCCAUUUCUGAAUCUUCUGAAGAUGUUGAGGCUUCAGAACGUGGCAUGCAGUUUGAAUUGGGCUGGUUUGCACAUCCUAUUUAUAGUAAAUCUGGUGAUUAUCCACCAUUGAUGCGAAAAAUUGUGGAUGAACACAGUCGUGCAGAAGGACUAAAAUAUUCUAGAUUGCCCUCGUUUAGUGGUUAUUGGAUUAAAUAUAUAAGAGGUACAGCUGACUUUUUUGCUCUCAAUCAUUAUACUACACGUUUGGUAACAUCUGGAGAAGAAGGUCAAAUUCCUUCAAAAGAGCAUGAUACUGGUGUAAUCUCCAAAGUUGAUCCAUCUUGGCCUUCAUCUGCAUCAAAAUGGCUGAAAGUUGUUCCUUGGGGUUUUAGAAAAUUAUUAAAAUGGGUUAAAUCUGAAUACCGUAACCCACCAGUAUUUGUCACUGAAAAUGGCUUCUCUGAUCACGGUGAACUUGAAGAUAAUGAUAGAAUUUAUUAUCAUAAAAACUAUCUUGCUGAACUUUUGAAAGCUAUUAAUGAAGAUGGCUGUAAAGUUAUUGGAUAUACUGUGUGGAGCAUUAUGGACAAUUUUGAAUGGGAAAGAGGUUACACGGAGAAGUUUGGAGUCUUCCAUGUUAAUUUCAGUGAUCCUGCUAGAAGUCGUCAACAAAAAAAGUCUGUCGAAGUGUUGAGUAAAAUAUUCCACUUGAAAAAGCUGGAUGAAGCUGAUAAUUUUGUGUAGAAGCUUAUUUGUGUACCAACACUGCCACUGUUCCAGGAGCUACCAAUUAAUGAUGCGUAUAUUGACACUGUGGUUUUGCAAUUAUUGUUUUACCAACACAUGCACAUGUAUUGAUGUGUAAAUUGCACCUGUUAUCUACUUUAUACAUAAAUGUGUAUGAUCAGAUUUUCAUUAUCCUUUAUGAAUAAAAACGAGUAUAUUGCUGUUUUAU